CUCCCUUUUUGCAUGAGUGCUGACACUGCGACUGGCAGAAAGCAGAUGUGCGAUCGAUGUUCCACAGCUCUUUUAUUAUCUGAUCUGCAUCAAGUCCAGCAAGCCCACAUUUCUGCCAGGAUAAAAUUUGCUGAAUUGUGAACCCGCUGACGAAACGCAACCCCCGCUGUUUUGUUUCAGUUGUUGUGGAGGCGGGUGUCUUUGAAAGCACAGAGCAGUGCUGAGAGGUCCGUGCACAAGAUUUCUGGAACUCAGCUGAGUUGAUCUACUCAGCUUUAGAAUUUUGCACCAGCAAAUCGCGAACUCAAUCUGCAAUGGCGACGUCCGGAUCCGGAACGUAUGAGCCGAUCCAAACAUACCAGGAGUACCAGGACACCGACCGUGGUGCUUCCUCGCAGGCUAGUAGUAGUGGAGGCGGACCUUCCGCGUCCGCCCCACCAGCUCGUCCCAACGCAGUGCUGGAGGUUGCCAUUCCCGGCGAAAAUGAGGCUGGCAAGAUUGCUGAGUACAUGAGGGUGGUGGGAAAGGAGAUAUUCGUGGAGGCCGAUGGUGUGCGUAGCUUGCCGCAAGUCUAUGAAAUCGCGGUGACGGUCUACGACCAGGUCAAGGCUUGGACGUACAUCAUACUGACCACUCUAUUUGCCGUGCUCAUGGCGAUCAUUUGGGGUUUGAUGCUGGCUUUCAUCAGCUUCUUUAUGAUCUGGUGGGUCAAUCCUGCCAUUCGCAUCUUCUACAUCAUGGUUCGCUCUUUUGCCAAGCUCUGGUCCACUUCAGUCCAGGCGUUCUUUGACCCUCUCUACUACUCGUUCGCACUCAUCUUCUCGCGAGCAAAGGUUGGCGUUUCAAUGCGAAAGGGAGCAGUUCAAGAAGUGUAGAGUUGCUGAGUGCGAGUCGCCACCGCUAAAGACCGUGAGGGGAUAGGAUAUGCCGUACCCCUUGCUGGCAAGGGGUAUCAGCGGCAGUCAAAUUCACGUGCAUCGAUUUACUGCUCUCUUAUUUUACAAAAAUGGACAUUACAGUAAACGACUAUUGAACGAAAUUACAAAUUUACCAUAUUUUCUACAUACCACAGAGGCGGAAGGCUGUGUAGCUGUCACUCACCAUAUAUUUUAUGUUUUUAAAUCAUCUACCCCCCCCCCCCCCCCCCCGGCCAUUUACUUUUUGAUAACUCCCUAGAAUAUGGUUAUAUUUUAAAUGCUCUUUUCUUGGAAUUUGUCCCAUUGUAUUGUUUGUGCAAUCAUGCAGAGUUGUGCAAGCACGUGCGAUGACUGCACGUGGAUGCACACAGACUGAGCAACUUGACUCGUGCACGGGUGUUUUCAA